AGUAAAGACAUGAAUGAUAUAAAAGAUGAUGAUACAUUGAGAUGAGUGUCACACACCAAGCAGCAACUUUAGUGGAAUACGUGCCUGAAACCGCUGCUAAAAUAUCUGAAACUAAACGUCUGAGUAUGAAAAUGGCUGAAGUUCAGUUGGCAUCUUUGAUGGCGUCCCUUCUCAUGAUUUUUGCAACGUUGGUACUUCUCAUCUCGUCCCCCACAUUGGCGGAGGUUCCUGCCAAAACGGCGGCCCUUUCGACCUACGAGCCAGAACCCUCGAGCUACUACAGGGGGCAGCGACAGAUCGGCGGGUAUUACCAGCCCUACUACUCCAGCUACUACCAAAGGCCGUAUUAUAAUACGCAGGCCUACGGCUACUACAACAACGGUGGGUGGUACCCCAGCUCCCAAUACGGCUACUACAAUAGUUACAGCCGCCCAUAUUACAACAACUAUUACUCCGGCGGCGGUGGGUAUGAUGAUGCCGUUGUUGUGCCACAACCUGUGCGAGGGGGCUAUUUUUGAAAUCUUUGAGAUAUGUACGAAAGGAUCGAUUCGAAAUCUUGUACACUUGUCAAUUUGAAAUUUAUGAAAAUUAAGGCAUAAAUUUAUGACUGGAGAUUCUCAUUCAUUUUUGUCAUUAAGUAUAUAAAUAUAUAUAUUUGCAUAUA